CAGAGUUUCUUGCCAUAGCGAACCCACCACUAAUCGCAUCUCUCCGGUGAAGAUGUCGGGCACGGACGCGGUCCCCGCAAGUGCACAGAUACAUGACUACACGAACCUAAAACAGCUUUCCGAGGAACAAAAAGCUCAGUUGCAGCGGCUAGAGCAGGCGGACGCGGGAGCAGGUAGCCCCGAUGCUGGCUAUCGCAUUGUGGACAACCAGCCCUCGGCGAAGCUGCUAAGCGGAUAUAGCAUACCACUUGUAGGCUUGGGAACCUGGAAGAGCGCCAAGGGCGAGGUCGGGGCCGCUGUCGCCACGGCCCUGCGACAAGGCUACCGUCACAUCGACUGUGCCAAGAUCUACCAAAAUGAGCACGAGGUGGGCGAGGCGCUGUCUGCCGUACUUUCCGAGGGCGUCGUACGGCGCGAGGAGGUGUUCAUCACAUCCAAGCUCUGGAACAGCGACCACGAGCCGAGCCGGGUGGAGGCGGCCUGCAGGCGCACCAUGGAGGACCUGCGGGUGAGCUACCUGGACCUGUAUCUGAUGCACUGGCCGGUGAGCGGCAACAGCGGGCCCGAGGUGCUGCCGCGGCUGGAGGACACGUG